GGACAAAAAAUUGGCUGCCACUUAUAUGCGUUACAUAAUAUGCGGUCGUGCACGUGUAGUUUGACAUAGUGCGGCCGAAGGUGAAAAUACACACGAACAUUCGGCUAUUUUGCUACGUCGUUCUUGAAUGAAAAUGUGUCUGUAUUUAAACAGAAAGUGGGUUGUUCUUCAACUGCCAGCCUCUCUUGUCGAGAAUGGUCGAUAAUUGACCAGAACCGAGAUACCCUGCUCGAGAUCAUUCGAAAAUGCAAACACGCAAGUAUCUUGCCAUGACGUCAUACAAAUGAAAGACGAUAAAAUAUAGCCUGAAUAUGGGAGAUAAAACAAACACAUCCCUAGACUUACAUACUAAACUACGUAUGAUCAAUGCACGUUACACUGUACGUAGUGGCUUAGGUUAUGCCGUACGCCGUAUACCGUAUUUUCGUGGACGCAGGGUCCGCGAAGAUAAGGAUACGCGCAUGCAAGUUCGGCUAUCGAACUUUACCGACUGAAACCGGGUGUCUUACAUACUUAACAAUAAUAUAUCGAUUGAUGGAUCGAAUUUGGCAUUGUCUGUUAAUUUUCUAUUAUAAUUCAUAUAGUCUGCGUUUGCCUUUUAGAGUCUCGCUCGUACAUUGAAUGGUAUGUUCGGUGUCACAGUGUCAAAUAAUCGAUACGUACGCCUUCUCUGUUUGCAAACGAUCUUUCGAACGUUUUGCACCAUAUACCAUUAAAGCAUAAAACAUUUAAUAUGACAAUCUCGAUUGAGAUCGCAGUACCCUCAAAGAUGGGGGAGGAGAGACUGGACGUCGACCAACCUCUAUGGGAUCUUAGCACCUUCGUAGGCAGAUGGAAGCAUUUCUUGUGGCAAACUGAUUUCCGCACUUGUACCGUUGGUGAUUCCCAGUUGCUAGCAGCAAAGAAACUAUGCGAAGACUAUAAACUUGGGAAGGAGCCAGCUGGUACAACCCGGGAGCAAAUCAUCUAUGCUAAGAAGCUUUACGAGUCAGCCUUUCAUCCCGACACCGGUGACCUGCAGAAUGUCUUCGGUAGAAUGUCCUUUCAAGUGCCAGGCGGAAUGCUUAUCACUGGUGCUAUGCUUCAGUUUUACAAAACAACCACAGCUGUGGUUUUUUGGCAAUGGGUGAACCAGUCGUUCAACGCGUUCGUUAACUAUACGAACAGAAAUGCCAACAGUCCUACGACCGUGUCUCAAUUAGGACUGGCAUAUGUCAGUGCUACCUCAGCGGCCAUGAUAACGGCUAUAGGAUUCAAGUCCUUUUGGGCAAAACGGGCAAGCACCCUUAUGGCGCGCUACGUGCCGUUCGCUGCCGUGGCAGCUGCAAAUUGCGUGAAUAUUCCCCUGAUGCGGCAGAACGAAAUCACUAAUGGAAUCGACAUCAGUGACGAGAAUGGCAAUAAGUUGACCAAGUCAAAAUUCGCCGCAGUUAAAGGUAUCAGCCAAGUAGUCAUCUCGAGAAUUGUUAUGUGUGCACCUGGCAUGUUGAUUCUACCACCCAUGAUGGAAAGACUAGAAAAAUAUGCUUGGAUGCAGAAGAUCAAAUUUUUGCACGCACCUAUACAAGUUAUGUUGGUCGGUUGUUUUCUGACGUUUAUGGUUCCUACGGCAUGUGCGUUAUUCCCUCAAAACUGCUCAAUUAAAUCUUGUGAUUUGGAACGCUGGGAGCCUGAAAAUUACGAACUUUUGAAGAAGAAUUGUAAAAGCAGAGAUAUACCCAAAUACUUAUACUUCAACAAAGGUUUAUAAUUCAUAGAGAACGUAGUCGUGAUAAAAAAUCAUCGAGGACGCUCUUUUUUAUCACCCUUAGGGGAUAAGCGAGCUAAUUAAUAAUGGAAUUGAAAUUUUCCCAUAGAAUAAUGUCGGGAAUAUUUUUAGUUUUCUGCUGGUUCAGAGGGUGAAGAGAGCUUGUUUCGAGGAGAACAAUAAAUACGACAAUAUUGCAUUUCAAAUAAUUCUUGUUCUAUAUAGCAAUACAUUUUAUUUGUAAAUUUCAUAAUAUACAUGCUAAAUCAGUGCAUUUUAUUAUUCAUCGUGUAUGUUGAUCGGUAUCCUCUUGUGAUAGGAAUAACAAUAGAAUCGCUAACAUGUAAUUACCUUUUGUACACGAGACAUUUCAGACAGCAAUAAUCUAUUUCUACUAAACGCUCAAUCAUCUUGCUUUAAUUAAACUAGGUAAACAAACAUAUGUAUUUGUUAAUGACUUAAAUGGCGAUAUCAUAAUAUUACACAUUGUAUUGUUGAACCUCUGUGUCAUAGAUCUUAAAACAACUGUCGAUGUUCUAUUGUUACUACCUCCUUCAACUGUUAUACGUUAUAAAAGAAAACGCUGCCAUGUAUAUUUUAGUAAUAUUACAAUAAACACUUUGGAAACUGAA